CUCAGUAGCUUUUGCUCACACUUUUCCUUUAUCUUUAGCGACAAACAAGAUAGAGUACAGAAAACUGUUAUCACAUCCUCAGAGGAAGUUUGAUCUAAGAAUGAUGAACCUUACAGAGAAUAACCUGAAGGAUCUGAAAGACAAUGUGGAUCAGUUAUUUGUGGUUCUCAUGGGAAUAAUUGUCAUGCUAAUGCAAGCUGGGUUUGCCUUUCUGGAAGCUGGUUCCGUUAGAAGUAAAAACACGACAAACAUCUUAAUCAAAAAUCUACUAGAUUCCUUUGUAGCUGGUAUAACAUACUGGAUCGUAGGAUACACUGUAGCUUAUGGGAAAGGCAAUAGUUUUAUUGGCUGGACGUACUGGGCAUCAUAUGAUCUUCCUCUCUCUUCCUUUGGUAUUUACUUCUUCCAGUACACGUUUGCUGCCUCAGCUGCUACAAUAGUUUCCGGUGCUUUGGCUGAAAGAUGUGAAUUCAUGGCGUAUAUUGUCUACAGUAUUGUAAUAACAGGUUUUAUUUAUCCUGUUGUAUCGAGAUGGGCAUGGGAUCCGGCUGGUUGGUUGUUCGUAGGAAGUGUCUACACUGGAGAUAAUGGGGAGGAAUUUACAGUGAACUAUCAGGAUUAUGCUGGAAGUGGUGCUGUACAUUCACUUGGUGGCGUAGCGGCUUUGGUUGGCGCGACACUACUAGGACCACGGAAAGGACGUUUUAGUAAACUUAAUAAGAUGGCGGCACCCUUGCGAGGACACUCAGUUCCUUUAGCAGCCUUCGGUGGAUUUAUUUUGUUGUUUGGUUUCUUGGCUUUUAAUGGUGGGUCACAAUUGAAUUUAACUGGAGAGGGAUCAGCCGUUGCUGUUUGUUUAUCUGUUGUCAACACACUUAUUUCCGGUUCAGUGUCGGCAAUGGUAUCUUUGUUAAUGAAUAGAAUAUUUGGAAAUUCAAAAUGGAGUUUACUGAAAACGCUGAAUGGAGCUUUAACUGGCAUGGUAGCUACUUGUUCUGGCUGUAAUGUUUACCGCCCAUGGAGUUGUGCUAUCCUUGGCGUUUUGGGUGCUGGAGCAUUCAAACUUACUGCUUUCACACUUGAAAAACUUCACAUCGACGACCCUCUAGAUGUGGUCGGUGUACAUUUAGGUGGUGGUAUCGUAGGUGUUAUUGCUCUAGCAUUUUUAAAACCAGAAGAAGGUAUAAUAUUUCAACAAAACAGAAAAUCAGCUUUAUUUCUCGGUUGGCAGAUUUUAGGUCUUACAACGAUAAUUGCAUGGACGGCAGGUUUAUGCUUUAUUAUGUUUGGAAUUUUAAAAUUAUUUGACAAACUUCGAGUAUCUCCUGAGUUGGAAGAAAAGGGUCUUGACAUACCUAAGCAUGGCGAAAAUGCUUACCCCACUGAAGCCUAUGGUCAUGGUUGGGACCAAAAACUUGAAGAAAUAUUGCAAGAGAUCGAGUCGAUCAAAGGUGACGAUCUAAAAGGAAGUUUAACAAAAAGAAUCGGACAACAUAUAAAGAAAUCAAAACAAGGCUCGACGCCAUCCAGUGAUUUUUCUGAAGUUAAUCUGCAUUGGUAGGGAUAUUUGCAAAGACAGGGAUUUAUUAUCAAAUAUAUUAAACAUUCCAGAUUAAAAAGCAAAUACAGAAUUUCUUUCUAUAUUCACGAUAAGAAGUAUUCUUACCAAAACGCACAUUGAUCCACGGUAUUAAAAUCGAUAAAUUAUGCCCAUCUAACUUUCACUACUUUCUCUCCACAUCAGCCCGCCAUAUAAAGUUGUUUUAGGAAAGAAAACUAGGUUUUUGCGAGUACUUUCCGCUUUAUUAAGCUUCUUCAGGCAAUACCAACAAUUGAUGUGACGUAAUAACGUCAUGUUUACAACAAUGAACUAUAAUGGAUAUGCGCAAUAAAAUAAUAUGGUAUCAUUAACAAAAUUAUUAAUUAAACAUUUAUAAUUAAAACAUUUUUUAAAACUAAA